CAAGCCAUUUACAAGCUCUAGCUCAGCAAACGUGUGUGUGCAAAAAGAACAAAGUUACAAGAACUGUUAGCAUUUGCUAUAGUACAAAACUUCGUCCUUUCAUAGUAUGUCAGUUACCCUGGCGAAACAACUACCGAAUCUACACCAGCGACUACCUGGAUCUAUGCAUACCUAUAGCAACAGCCCUGUGAUUCGGGUGGAUGCUACCGCAACAGAGCUGUCAAGGUCUCUAUCGAUUCCCCCUUCACAGACUUCGCAGAAAGACAUGUACAAUCCCUCGUGCCAGCAGCAAUUCAAUUCUGAUAUCGACAUAGGCUCUGCAUGCACUCCUGCAAGCAAUGCCUCCUGGGAUGCUGCCUCAGUAGAGGAUCUUCCACAGGACACUCCCAAGACGACAGUAAAGCUCGAAGAAACUCUCUCUUAUAAUGGAGCUGAUAGCAAAGCAGAUUCAGAGAGUGAAUCCAAUGAUGUAAAGAAAGAAGAUGACACAGACUCUAAGAAAUCCAAGCCACCUUUCUCUUACAAUGCACUGAUUGUAAUGGCCAUCAGAUCGAGCCCAGAGAGAAAACUGACUCUCAGUGGAAUCUACGACUACAUAAUGAAGAACUUUCCUUACUACAGAGAAAAUAAGCAAGGCUGGCAAAACUCAAUCAGACACAAUCUCUCGUUGAACAAGUGUUUUGUGAAGGUCCCCCGUCCUUAUGAUGACCCCGGCAAAGGCAACUACUGGACAUUGGACCCAUCUAGUGACGAUAUUAUGUUCAUUGGAGGUACCACAGGUAAACUGAGAAGACGACCGAUCUCGAGAAGACACCAAGGAAACGAUAUCUACGGCCACAACAUGCGAGUACCUCCCCUCACAAUGCCAAGACACCCUGGCUUCAGCGGUAUGCCUGCUUUCGACAUGGGUCCAUAUGGCCACCCUAUGAUGCCCCAUCAUGUCCCCAUGGGAGGUAUUGAUGGCCACCACCAUCCCUCUGUCACAGGUCACUCGACUCUCCCCCCUGCCAGUCUCCAUAAUGGUGGCAUCCCCUCGACAUUGCAUAAUGCUUCAUCAAUGCCAUUCUCAUUUGGUUACCCCCCUAUCGUCUCUCCGUUUGGAAUGAACAAAUCUCAAUCAUUUGGAUUCUCAAUGGACAGUCUAUUGAAACCCGGCACCACCACCACCAGUGGAAGUUGUGUCAGUAUCCCAUCUUCCCUACCGUACCUCCCCAGUGCAGCAAGCAUUCAAUCUGCAUCCAGUCUAGGCAUCAACUCAUACAAACUGCCUAGUCUGCCCAGUCCAAGUAUCGUCUCGAACACAAUGCAAUUUGCAGGUCUAACUCCGUUGUCUCCACAGACGCAACAGUUUUUCUUCAUGCCCACAACCCCAGUGCUCCCUGGUCACCCGGCAACCUUUUUCCCUCCGUCAUGUAGCAGCUUCCCCCUCUCCCAAUCUCAGACAAACACAAGUUUCCCAACCACCUCUGCACAAAACUCGCUCUCAACCGACACAGUAAACAUGUAUUCAAGUCACAGCAGUGUUAACUCAGCAAACAGUGUAAACUGCUCAUCAUCAAUCUAAUUUACUGGCAACGUGUGUUUUCUAAAUUUUUUUGCUAUAGCCAGGACCAUACAGGAUUGUAUUUAUUAAUUUUUAUCACUUGUAUAUGCCUCCCUUUAUCGUCUGAUUUUUUUGUAUAAUUAUUUAAACAAUCAUUCAACUUUUUGUGAAAUCUUUCAGACAUUAAUCGUGGACCACUUUUUUAGGCAGGCCUUGUGUCCACGCUGGUUUUCAUGCAUGCAUAUUAAUCAUUUUUGUUGAUUCAUCACACAAUUUCCACAUAAUACAUGGUUAAAAAAGUUA